UCCUUCCCAACACCGCCGCACAAGACAUCGCUCUGGCUGGGGAGCGGCGGUGGGACCUGCCGAGGGCGCCGGGUCUUCCCUCCUACCCUGCAGUCCUGGGUUCACCUGCACGCCUCUCUUCCUCAGCCCUUCCUCUCUGCUCCUCCCCCGUCCCCCCUGUCUCCGCAGGCCUAGUGGUGCGGCCCGCUUCCAGCUGACCGGCCUGGAAUCCCGGCUCGGAGCCCCGGACUUGCGCCCGCCUGCGCGCCCGCUCCCUCCCCCUCCCCCCGCCCCGAGCCCCCUGUCGCCGCCGCCGCCGCCGCCGCCGCCUCCUUUUUUCAGCGGGGCCCAGGCCCAGCCGCCGCCACUGCUGCCGCCGACGCCGAGCUCCACCGCCGCCGAGCACCAUGGGAGACGCCGGGAGCGAGCGCAGCAAAGCGCCCAGCCUGCCGCCUCGCUGUCCCUGCGGCUUCUGGGGGUCCAGCAAGACUAUGAAUCUCUGUUCGAAAUGCUUUGCUGAUUUUCAAAAGAAACAACCAGAUGAUGAUUCUGCUCCGAGUACAAGUGACAGCCAAUCAGAUUUGUUUUCUGAAGAGACCACCAAUGACAACAAUAAUACCUCGAUAACCACGCCAACUCUUAGUCCCAGCCAGCAGCCACUUCUGACAGAACUGAAUGUAACUUCGCCAAGUAAAGAGGAAUGUGGGCCAUGCACAGACGCAGCUCAUGUCUCGUUAAUCACACCAACCAAAAGAUCCUGUGGUGCAGAUUUACAGUCUGAGAAUGAGGCCUCACCAGUGAAACGACCACGACUACUGGAGACUACUGAACGGUCUGAGGAAACCAAUCGAUCUAAACAGAAGAGUCGACGUCGGUGCUACCAGUGCCAAACCAAACUGGAGCUUGUGCAACAGGAACUGGGAUCAUGUCGCUGCGGUUACGUGUUCUGUAUGUUACACCGCCUCCCUGAGCAGCAUGACUGUACGUUUGACCACAUGGGCCGCGGCCGAGAGGAAGCCAUCAUGAAAAUGGUGAAACUGGACCGGAAAGUGGGGCGCUCCUGCCAGCGCAUUGGGGAGGGGUGCUCCUGAAGGCCAGUUAAGUACCAUGGUCCGAGAGAAAACCCAGCGACCCGUAAGGCCCACUUCGCACCCGCGACCUGCGCGGGGGGAGGCCCUGCUCUGCCUGGGGUGGACAAGGGCGGUGCCCGGGCAGUGAACUGCAAACACCUGUAUCCACCUACUUCUGAACAGUGACUUAGCAGGUGGCCUAAGGAUUUCCUCAUCAGCCUCCCAAACUUAAAAGCACCUGCCCAUUCUGGAUACAUUUCAAGAAUGACAGGUUAAUAACUCAGCAACUCGAGUGAUUAUUAACUCCAGUGUCCACAGACUGAUUUGCUUGUGUGUUUUGCUGAACUUCCUCACAGGAGUUUCUGUGUCAGACCAGGUGCCAUGAUGAGCUGCAUCUGUGUCUCGUUUAGCAGCCACCCUCUACCCCAUGCUUAACCGCUCACAGCGAAGGAAGAAUUACAGCGUCAAAAGGGAUUAAAACAAGUGAUUUGCCAUUUGAGCAUUUCAAAAAGACCUGGAACACCUAUGAUUCAGCAAAUGGAGAAUAACUAAAAGAAAUAAAAAAUCAUUUAGUUGCCAGGGCAAUAUGUUCCAUAAAAGUAAACACUCUACCGAAACCCAUUUCCUAAAGGGAGCCUCCUGGUAAUAAAGGCCUAAUGUAUCUCCUUCCAUGCUAGUGUUCACAGGCCACUUUUGUAUUCCAGCGCGGGCCUAUUACUUCCUUCUGCUCCCUUGGCCUGGGUUAGAUUAGAGAGGUAGGGUGUUAAUGGUGGACUUGAUGAAGACUGAAGACCCAUUUUCUCCCCCUGGAGACCAGCCUGAUUUGAACAAAUGGAGGAGAACGAAGCAGUCCCUUUCUGUCCUUGGGAGAAAACCUGUUCUGUGUCUGUUUCUCUCAGCCAGGCCUGCUCCACUCUGGAAGUGGGGGGAGAGGGUGGCCAACAAAGAUCCCUGCUCAAGAAAAACACAACAUCCUGCUGCCAUGGGGUCCACCCAAGUCCCUCCACAUCUGCCGCCUCCUUUAUUGGUGCUGCCGGCCUGGGGGGCGCGAGGAGGACGCUGGGCUGGGUGGAAAUGAGCUGCCGCUGGGGGCCUGCAGGGCACGUGGGUCGAGCGGCUGACCGGCCAGUGUGGGGUCCCCUAAUUCCUCGCCAUUUUCCUCCUUCUGGCCGCUCUGCUGCUCCGGACACUCAAAGUGGACACAGUGGAACACCUGGGAGAGAAGGAGGAGACCCAGUGAGUGACAACAGGUCAGCGUGCGACCCAGGAGCUGCCACGCGUUAGAGGACACUGUCUGGCCCUGCUUUGGGGUGGGGGUACCACACGAGAGAAAGUCCCUCCCGCGUCCCCUCCCUGCCUGUCAUGGCAUCUAGAAGGUUGUAAACAUUUUUGAUCAGUCAGAAUAAAGAUAGAUGGGAUGAUAAGCUGAAAGUUACAGAUAACAUGACAUGGAUUCCUGUGAAAUGUUCUCACUGGAUUAUUCUAUUUUUUGUUAUUUUUAUCCCAUGGACAUUUUUUUUCUUUAAGAUUUUAUUUUUCCAUUUGGCAGUUGGGGUAAGAGUCAACAGGGAAUGACUGUGGUGAUGGUUGCACAAUUCUAUGAAUAUACUAAACAACAUUGUAUGCUUUAAAUGGGUGAAUUGUAUGCUAUGUGAGUUAUUUCUCAAUAAAGCUGUUUUGUAUUUUUAAAAAGACAACAGGGUAUUACCCCAGGAGAGGAACAUCUUAAAAAUGUUCCCUCAAGGACCCAGGCUUGUCAACGGGGUCCAAAAGAGCUCCCUUCCAGCCUUCCUGUGCGCUCAGGUCAGGAAGGAGGAAGGAAAAGGAGCUCCUGAGGGUUACUUUCCUCCCUCUGGCCCUCAGGGUCCUCCUAGACCCCACUGGGCAGCAGUGCUGGGGCGGGGCCUGCAACCAAAUACAGCUCGGACCAGCCUGGAGGAGGCAUCCCCACCCUGCCCCCAGCCAGGUAAAUGUGGACGCUCAGUACAGUGCUGCCACCAGGCAGAUAUAGCCCAACACUGACCAGAAGCAGCAAAUAUGGGCAAGCCCUGGCCCUGACCUUAGGAACACCCCAUAUGGCUGGGGGAGGUGAGACUAACACGCAUGGCACCAAACAGAAGGUGACUGUUGAGCUGUGAGCUGUGGGGGUUCAGAAGAGAAGGGCUCAUCGAAGCCUGUGUUGGAGGCAGGAUUUCAGGGACCCGGUCCACACCCCUCCCGGUGCACACAUGGGGAGCCCCCCCCUGCUGAGUAACAGCCCGGUGCUCCCUCAAGCUGGGUGCCUGUCAGUUCUUUGAUGGGAGAAUCACAUCCUCUGCAGGGGUGGUCUGUCUGGGGUGUGCACAUCUUUCCAAGGAGCUGGCAGUUCUAAGGGAAUCGACUUCCAGAUCCUCAAAUUCUGUAUUUUCUGUAUUUUCAGUCCAAGAACAUGCCUGAAUUCACAACAGCCUCCUCCCACUUCACAAAAGGAAGAUGCCUCACCCGUCUCCCCCUUUUGCCACAGUGUGUGGCUCUGGAGCAUACAGACUCCCUCAUGCCAAGAUCUGGGGCCCACCCAAAAUGGUUCGCUGGCCUGUAUUUUACACACUUCCGUUAGCGUGAGGCUUGGGCCAGAGUGAGAGGUUCUGAAUUGAGAAUACCUGGAGUGGAUGAUUGAUGCUGAUUUUUUUUUUAACUUUUUAUUUUGAGAUAAUUUCAAACUUACAGAACAGUUGCAAGAAUAAUACGAACCCUAUACAGAGAAUUCCAACAUACCAUCCCUCCCAGACACCGAGGUCCACCAACUUGAAGAUUUUGCCACCUCUGUCAUAUCAUUCUAUCCUCUAUCUAUCUAUCUAUCUAUCUAUCUAUCUAUCUAUGUAUCUAUCUAUCUUCUGAACAUUUGAGAGCAAGUUGCACACAUCAUACUCCUUGGGCACCUAAUACUUCCAUGU